GAAGUGGUGUCCUUUAGUUCCUUCACACGUAGUGACACGCAUUCAGCGGCUCGCCGGGCUUCUUCUUGUCUUCGCCGACUGGCUGGUUCACAUAUCGGGCCACUCUGGCUGGUUUAUGAUCGGUCGUUUGGUUAGCAACGUAGCGAAGAGGCUGCCGAGCGUGUUAUACCGGGAGUCGAUGAUGACGAAGCCGCAGGUUGUGUUCGUGCUGGGCGGGCCUGGCGCCGGCAAAGGGACCCAAUGCGCCAAAAUCGUGGAGAACUACAACUAUACCCAUUUGUCAGCUGGAGACUUGUUGAGGGCAGAGCGUGCCAGAGAAGGAUCAGAGUUUGGACAACUCAUUGCCAGUUUCAUCAAGGAAGGCAAAAUUGUCCCUGUGGAGAUCACCAUUAACUUGCUUAGAAAGGCAAUGGAAGAGACCAUGCAAAAAGACGAGCAAAAGUACCGCUUCCUCAUAGAUGGGUUUCCUCGCAAUGAGGACAACCUUCAGGGUUGGAACAACGUCAUGGAUGGAAAAGCAGAUGUCAAAUUUGUGCUUUUCUUUGACUGCAGCAAUGAGGUUUGCAUCAAAAGAUGUUUAGAGCGAGGGAAGAGCAGCGGACGCACAGAUGACAACAGAGAAAGCCUGGAGAAACGAAUCCAGACAUACCUGCAGUCAACACGACCGAUCAUCGAGCUGUAUGAGAAGCAUGGCAAGGUGCGCUGUGUGGACGCUUCUCGUUCUGUGGAGGAGGUCUUUGCUGACGUCCAGCGCAUCUUGGACAAAGAAGGUUGACUUCUCUCCCACUGUCGGCAGCGCUCGUUUUUACCUUUUUACUUUUCUUUUUAUCAUCUGCCAGUUCAUCAUGGUUACCAUGAUAUUUAUAUGUGCAUUCAUUCACACGUCUUUAUACUUUCCGUUGCUUCAUGAGUUUCCUUUCUCUUGUAAAAUCUGCACUGUUUUGUUGUUGUGUACAAUGUGUAGGAAGCAGUAUGAAUGAAUCAUGAAAAGUAGAGCAGCUCAUAGAGAAAACGACUUAGGCUCAUCUGCACUUUUGUCUUCCAUUAUAGUUUGAGGGCUAGGAACAAAAACAAGGAACAAAAAUGUACUGUGGUCAGAAAUGUAUCACCAAUGUCGUUGCAAUAUAUUGUUGAAACAGGGAGCGACGGUGCUGUCAGACCAAACCAUGUCGUCAUGAGUGAAGGGGAGCCUCUUGAGUCUAAAACAGCCGGUUUUCAAAAUGAAAUGCAUCAUUAUCUGCCUUAUAUUUCGCCAACGCGCUGACAAGGUCGCGACCAAGUAGGGCUUUGUCACAUGGAGUAUUUGUUAACACAACUGCACAAUGCGCUUCGUCAUAUCCACGCCUCCUGAGAUGACAUGCAUUUGUUACGUCUGCAGAAAAUAAAACAGGUCGAAACAAUUUUCUUUGUUUUAGUAUUUUGGUAUGAUCCUAAUUCUCUGGCUGUAUUUAUUUGUUUCGGUGCAUGGUAAAAAAAAAUAGAGAUGUACAUAAAUCACUUUUAAACCCCAAAUUAUUCAUAUUUGUGAAUUUGUAUUUAUUUGAGUGGUUACGAAAAACACUUUCUAAAGUUUAAUGUUUUACUUUUUUAUUAUAGUAUAGGAAACCUUCAUAUCUAUUUGCUAUACUGCUUGUCUUGCCUAGAGUUGGGGGACAUGCUUAUGCAUUGCUUGUGGGAUUUUUAAAAGUCACACUUCUCUUAUUAUAUUUUAAGGGACCGUUUUCAACACAAUGUGAGUUGCAGCGCUGAGACGCUGUCUCUUUAUGGCGCGCUCUUCUCCAGCAGAUAUCUGCAACGGUGUUUCAGACGGACGGCACGUUACGUCUCCGCUCGAUGUCCUUCCUCUCCCACUCAAGCUUGACAGUCGCCGAGAAACGUAGCAUGCACCUCACGGCGGCAUAGCAAGCGAAUAGCGCAGACAAGAACAUGAGGUGCAUUCAAAGACAUUGGGUCAUGACAUAAUUUUUUUCCCCCAGGCAAACAGCCGUGACACACCAGUUGAGAACCACUGCUCUAAAUGUAUAGUUGGUUAGAAUGGUAGAUGUUACCAGGCUUUUAUCCAUCCAUCUUAUUAUCUAUAUCACUUGUCCUAAUUAGUGUUACGGGUAAGCUACCAGCAAGAGGCGGGGUACACCAUGGACCGGGUGUGUACAGACAAACACCAGGCUUUUAAUGGUAGGAAA